CUCCGUGGUUGUAGCCGUAGCCGUGUAGGUGUGUGUUGAGGCGCCGUUGUUGCUGUUGCCGCGUGUAGACAUGCUAGCCUACGUUAAAUACCGCGACAACUACCGCGCGAUAUUGCCUGUGCGGCUCAUAAAGUCGUUCGAGCCAGAAAACGAAGAAGACUUCACAAAGGCAAGAGAAGUGCAGGCUCACUGGUGUAGCGAAGACGGCGCUACUGAAGGCUAUUACCCGGCCUUUGUGCAUGCCCUGGCAGACACCCUGGACGGCCUCAACACAAAGCUAAAGAAAAUGAGGGAGUCAUUCCCCAGACUAAUAAAAGUUCAGGGGGAGCUGCCGGCAUCCCGCAAGCACAGAAAGGAGCCAACACCACGAGAGGUAAAAAAACAGCGCGUUGCAGCCACAGAGGCUCUCCAUGAACGAAUUUUGGAGCAGCACAAGGCCAGUGAGCCACCAGAAGACGUGGCUGAACUGAAAUCCACAAUAGAAAAACAGGCAACAGAGCUGCGGAAGCUGAAGCAAAAACUUAAAGAAGCAGAUGAGGUUAACAAAAAGUUAACCCUAGCUCUGCUGGAUAAGUUUGAGAUAGCUCGCAAGUCCAGAGAUGGUGAACAACCUUCGGUGACCAUGGGCCACCAGGCUUCAGAAGUGCCAGACCCAGUGGUCUGCACAGCGGCACCUUUGAAUGAAGGUACUGUUAUUCUGUGUGCCUAUCUGUUUUCUUUGUGCCUAUCUGUGUAAGUCAUGUUUCAAAAAAGUUGUGCAUAUGCCACUUGACGAGCAAAGUGUGUGGUUGACUGGUAGCUAGACUAUUUUUUUAUGUACAGUGUCCAGAUGAGUGUAGCUAAUGCAGGAAGUCACCAUUUUUUAAGUUCGUCUAGAAAAAGUCCUCCUCCACCCAUAUCACGUAGCAUGAAAACUGCACUUUCCGUGCCGCAGCUUCAGUAAGUGUAGGUAGAAGACAACAGACCAGAAUAAGGGUGUUGCAAAUGCAUGGCACCCUUCUGUCUGCGACUGUUGUCACUGUCAAUGUACAUUUUCCUCUAACCUGCUUUUUACUUUCUGCAAACAUUAAUAGCUGCUUACAGGUUUUGCAAAGCCACUAUAUACGUCAUGGAGUGACUUAAUUUUAGUUGUGAAAUGCAUGUGUGACCUCGUCUCUUGCAUGCAUCUGCAAUAGAAUUGGCUAGCAAUGGAACUAAUACACCUAACCCUCAAUAUAGUAAAGCCACACUUGCAGCGAAAAAUGUAAUUACAUUGUGAAUUUUGGUAAUUUGAAAUUUUGAAGGUGUUUACAGUUGUAAAAAUAACUUCCCAAAUUGCUCAAACAGUCCAGGUGGAUAGUACCGCAUCAGCAAGUACCGCAUUUAGUUGAUUCUAACACACCCUCAAUUGUAACGCGCACCUGUUUGCCGUUACGUGAAGAAAGAAAACUCCUUUACAGAACUGCAUACCUCAUGCUUUCAUGCAGAAAUACAACUUUCUCUCAUUUGGAAAAAAUGAUGUACAGUCAAACCAAGCUAUUAUGAUACCGGUCUUACAAAUAUAUUGGUUUAACCCUGAGAAGCUGCUGCACUGUCAACUUUUGUAUGUUUUCCAUGGUGAAAUAACCCGCUUACUACAAUGUCUCGAUGCCGCACUAUCGUCAUCUAGACAUUGAGAUCCCACAACCUUCGCAUCCGAAGGUUGUGGGAUCGUUUCCUGUUUGCAACCAGUUGUUUUUUCAUCCACUUUCAUUUCCAUUAAUUUAUUGUUUCUUUAUUUCAUUCAUUAAGCACAAGUAAUUUCCCCUAUCUUUGGUGUCAGUGUUUGUUGGCUUUUUAUGAGAAUGCCACUCAGUGCCACUAACACUGUCUGCCAACUAGUUGGCCAAUCACUGGUGUCAUGUCUCGUCGUUUUCUUGUCAGUGUCGGUAUAAAGUUGGUAGCAUGAACAAGCCUUGAGACUAACAUUAAAGCAGCAUCCAGUAUAUUUAUAGUACAGUUUGCUGCAUCAUAGCGAUAUCGCAUAUACCACCUCUACUGUACACGAGACGAACUGCCAUGUGCUUCAUCUGAUGCAGUUGUCGACACCUUCCAAGUUUUGUUGACCAGAUUACACGUCCCACUUACCUGAUCUCUUGCAGAAAAGAAACUCGCACUUGAUGUUUGUUACCAAUUUUCUUCAGUCCAUGGUCCACCCUACGUGUGUAAGAAAUAACAGCAAUUUCUUCUUUUUUUGUUUUUUUUUGCUGCUAUGGGGAAGUGCCUAUAUUUAUCUUGUUUACAAGCCCUUCACAGAAAUAGUAGUGGAUUUAGGAAAACCACCUUUCUUUAGCCGGCUUAGCUGUCGCUAAAAAAUUAAGUUGGCAACAUGGUGAUAAGACUGAAAGAGCUAAACCGAAACACGUUGCAGCUAGCUACAGUUGUAAACCGUUUAUUUGGACCUCACAGGAACUGUGGAAAUGUCCGAAUAAACAGGUGUCCGAAAAAGCAGAUUAAGAAAAAAAAAAUCCUUGAUUUCCACGCACUUGUUCUGGCUCGGCAGUAGGCUUGAAGAAAUCAUGAAUGUGCUGUUGCACGCUGUUCCGUUUACACACAAUCAGAUAAGCCUGAAUCUUGGAGAGGGCCGUACGGUCACUAUAGGUGGCUGAAAGCAGUCGCUGCUUGUACACGCUCUGCAUGUGACGGCAGCAUAGCACAUUGUACGUCAUCUUCCGACUCAUCUCCGGCGGUGCAGCAGAAACCUGAGGAAUGAUCUCGUCUUUCGUCGAGUUCUGCGCAUGUCAGUACAGCAGUGUCAGCAGCUGUGAAACUCAAAUGAGACGGUGUCCGUAAUUGCAAUGCAACCACUGCGCAGGACUCGGCAGAAUAUAUUCAGCGUCAGUAGGGAGCACAUUGGUAGGCGUCAAAUCCCGGGCCUCCCGGAACCCGCUUGCCGGCAUUGCCCAGCGCUGUCUGCGCCAUUAAACACUUGACGCGAUGUUUACGUAUGCCACGUUGGAUCACCGCAACCUCGACACAGCACACAAAGCAAACAUCACCAUGCCGUCACACCGACACCAGUUGCACAAACGAAAAAUGUAGCCUACUCGCAGCGUCGUACGCGAAGAAACAAAUCAGCUGCUGGAUUGUCUUGAUAUGGCUUACUAAGCUGAAACCGGAACUGCUGUAGAGCCACUCUAUCCGGGCAGAAACGAUGAUGAGCGGCGAUUUGCAGGAGCGCCACUUCGUGGGGCAGCAAGGAGGCUCCGUUCAAUACAAAAAUGUCAUUCAGCAAGUCGAACCAGGCAGCGGUCAAAGCCCAUGCAUGGUGCUCUCGAUCGAAUUCGCUCAAGGAGUGUGUGAAAAAUCAGACUAGAGGUUGCAAGGUGUCCAAACUUUCGGCAGUUGUUAUACAUUAUGGUCUAUGGAGAGAGUGGCGGUGCCGCUAAGAAGACCGAAUAAUCGAGCAUGUCCUAAUUUUUGGAGUCCGAAAAAUUGGUCGGCGACUGUAUGCCUCUUUAUGCUGAUUUUUAGCGUGCAGACGAGUAAGUCAAUAUUGGUUUGUACUGCUCACAUUUGGGACAUGUAAUGAAUCUCAACUUCAAAUCUUAAGGCUGGUUAGCACACUCAAAAUUAUUAAAAAGCAGCAUACAUGCAGCAUGUUUAGUUUUGGCUCUUGGGAAGUCUUGUCACCUUGUUGCCGAUUUAAGUUUUUCACGACAGCUAAGCCAGCUAUAGAAGGACAGUUUUCCUAAAUCUACUAUUAUCUCUAUGAAGGGCUUGUCAAGAGGAGAAAGACAAUCGCCCAAAACAGCACAAACAAAAAAUAAUUGGCCGUUACUCCUUGCAAACACGAGAUGUUGGACAUGGACUGAAAAAAAUUGGUAACAAAUAUCAGGUCUGAGUUGUCUUUUCUGUGAGAUCAGCUAAGUGGGACGAGAAAUCUGGUCAACAAAACGUGGCAGGCAUCCACAACUUUGUGUAAGAUAAAACGCACUUGGCAGCUCGUCUUGUGUUAAGUAGUGGUGGUAUACACGGUACCGCUAUCAUGCCGCAAAAUGUACUAUAAACAGACUGAAUGCUGCUGUUACAAAUUCUACAGGCUCAAAUCUGGCGGCACAUUGUAGGCACUGCCAAUGCGGCCCCGUUUUGCCAAACCGCAAUGCUGUUCAAAAAUGGCAAACUAACAUGCCUAGAGAAAGCUGAGGCAUCGCAUGUACACAGAUUCUGCCUCGUGUGUGAGCCAAAUGUCUGUUAUACUGCAUCGCAAAGAAAAAGACAUUUUGAAUGUCCUAAUUUAUUGGUACGCACCACAUGACCAAGCAUUUUUAAUGAUUUGUCGAUCAAUAAACUCGGUUGUUAGUUGGCAUUCGUCAUCCAUUCCUUGUCCCAUGGCUGCACAUAUAUGUAAAAAUGUUUACAAGGGUAAUAAACACUGGCCACCAUAGAAUCCAGCCAACAUCAAACAAAGCGAAUCACCAUCUGAUCACCAAGCAACUGCGGCUUGUGGAUAUGUCUAAAUCCAAGGGUGGACAUCAUUUUCUAGUAGCACAUAGCAAUAUGAAAGAAUGCAUGCAAAUAACCUCUGCAUCUGUCGACAUUUCAGGAUUUACCUUUCAGUUCCAAGCACAUAUAUCAGAUGGCUAAAAACUUGAUUAAAACUGUGUCGCAAAAAUACU